CUUUUAAAAAAUGGCAACACAUGUAAUUGUAAACAAACAUUGGAGAGUUUUCGAUAUUCUUUCCGUGGAUAAUGACGUGUUCCUGUAAUUUAAUAAAUGCUUUUUUUUAAUUGGAAAAAAGGAAUUAUUAUCAUAUACACCAUGUCUAUUCCAAUGUCUCGAGAGGAGAUUAAUUUCGUUCGGUUAUUGACUAGAACAGAAAAUUCCAUACCUGAACGUCAAUCUAAUGAUUGGAGACUGGAACCUUACGUAAAAGAUAUUGAAUCACGACUAGCUUCUUUGAAAAAAAUGAAUACCUGCCAACCAAGUAAAGAUACCUUAGCUGAAUAUUCAAGACGUGUUGAAUUUCUCAGAGGUGUUAUGGAAGCAGAAAAGCAGCCUACUGUUGCUGAGAAAGCUAUAGCAAAUCAGCUGUUGUUUCCAGGAUCUGCCACAAGUGCAAGCAAUAAAAUUCACCUGCAAACAAAAGCUCAGUACUUGCGUGAAAUGAGAGAAGAACUUUUAGGAACAACAGAUGAUCAUACAAUGUCUGAUGGGGUACGAUUAAGAAGUGUGUCAUCAACCUCUCAUCAGGACGAUUUUGAUGCUGUUAUGCAAUAUCAUAAUUCAAUGCAAGAAAAAGUUGCUCAAGACAUGGUGUCUUUAGUCCAAAAUUUAAAACAAAACAGUCUUUUAACUGGACACAUCAUCAAAAAGGAUACUGAGGCUUUAAUAAAAUCUGGUGAAAUGGCUGAUGACCGAUACAGUGAACUCAAGGUAGAGAGUGACAAGCUAGAAACUUAUACAAAAAGAGCCUGUAACUGGUGUUUAUGGAUUAUGUUAGGUGCAGUUAUUUUAAUAUUUAUGUGGAUGAUUAUUUUCAUUCGACUCUUCCCAAAGAGAUGAUAUUUUAUUUAAUUGAAUAGAAACUUUACCAGAAAUAUAUUUAUUUAUAUUUUUAUGCUAUGUUCUGUUUGUUAUUAUGACAUUUCAUUUUAAAAGCCUGUAUAAAAUUAUAAUAUAGUGUGCAGAAGGGUUUUUUUUUAAUUAUUAAAGUUAUUAAAAGAUUACCCUAUCAAUUAACAUGCUGUCCUUUGGGCAUGUUCUUUCUGGGUGUAAUACAAACUUCCAGUUUUAGGUCAUUUCCUUAAAUAUUAAAUUAAGAAGACAAUGAGAAGAAAAACUAAAUCUCUUUAUUGAUUUGAAUACUCUCUUUAUUGAUUGAAACUACAUUAAUAAAUAAUUAGUAUUUUGUAACUUACUACUAUUGUUCAAUUUUGUAACCUUUUGAAUCUUAUCUAGAAGAGCAGGGGCAAAGACGAAGGAAGGGUUUACCCCACUAGAGAGUUACAAAAUCUCAGAAAUUUAAAAAAUAUGUGUAAAUGAUUGAUUUUAUAUUAAUUAUUUAUCAUCUUUUAUAUGUCAUUGUUUAUGUAUAUGAAAUAUUUUUUUACACUGUGAUGAAGAUAAAAAAUAAAUAUCUCCUAUAUUUAGUGCUGCUUGAGAAUGUAGAAAUUCAAUCUAGAGAAUUUUGCAAAUGAGAGACGAAAUUGUUUUCUCAUCCCAUGUAUUGCAAAUAUUAAUAACUUAACUGCUUCCUUUGCUAUAGUUUUUUAAGUAUCAAAAUAUAUAUCACAAACGUAUUAGCCAUUACAUUUUUUUAUAACUACGUUUUUUGAAAUGACUAUCAGUUGAAAAUCAAAUAUUUUUAAAAACUUGUUGCAGAUUCACCAUUUCUGUUCUAGGCUUUUAGUUUAAUACAAUUCAGAGCUAUCGCAAUAAUAAUUGCUAACAGCUUGUAAAAAAAAAAUUCUCUCUAUUACUUAAUAAUUUUUUCUAGCUCACUAGAGAAUGAUCCCCAUUAGUUCAAGUUUUCUUUAUUGUUAUCUACAUACCUUAUUUUCCAGUUUCUAUGAUGUUUAAAUAUGAAAGAGAAAAUUCCAUGCUCACAGCAAUUUAAAUUUAGUGUUUUGUCAAUUAAACUUGAAUUGUUUUGAUUAAUUUAUUGUAGUUGUUAGAUCGUGUUUUGUUCUUAAAUAUUAACCAUAUCUUUAAGGAUAAAAACAUUGUCUAACAAAUGUCCUUAAAAGUUGUUUUCCUAUUUUAUUAUGGUCGUUAGAUUAUGUUUUGUCAAAAUUAGUAAGACUAUCAAGAAUUUGCAAAUAUUCCGACAGAUACGAACUUUUCGAAGUAUUAAUUUCAAUUUUUAAAAAAAAUUAACACAUUUUAAACGAAAAUUCACCGGAAUAUAAAUACAGAUAGAUAUUUAAAUUUAUUAGUCGUAGUCAAGUACUCAAUUUGUUCAUCAACUCAAAUUGUGAUUAUGCUGAAUCCUGCUAUCACUGGUUGAAUAAUUCUAUAAAAUAAAAUUUUUUUGAGUGAA